AAACCUUGGAGAAAAGAUCCGAAUUAUUUUAAAAAUGUUUACAUUUCAUCAUUAGCGUUAAUGAAAAUGACCCUUCACAGUUCGAUGGGAGGCAAUAUAGAAGUUAUGGGGAUGAUGAUUGGUAAGAUAGUGAAUCAAAGCAUUGUUAUCAUGGACUGUUAUUCGUUGCCGGUUGAAGGAACAGAGACCAGAGUUAAUGCUCAAGAGGAAGGAUAUGAAUAUAUGGUCAACUAUUUGAGCUUGUUAAAAAAGUUAAAGGGGGAUCUUAGAAAGGAGAACAUUGUUGGAUGGUAUCAUUCCCAUCCUGGGUAUGGGUGUUGGUUAUCAGGUAUUGAUGUUGCUACACAAUCAUUAAAUCAAACGCAUCAAGACCCUUAUUUAGCGGUUGUAAUUGAUCCUAAAAAGACAUUAAGUCAAGGAAAGGUUGAGAUUGGUGCAUUUAGAGUAUAUCCUUUAGGUUACAAUAAAAAAAAUACUCGAGCAGAUGAAUUUGAAAACAAUGGCGAUGCAGUCCCAAAAAACAAACAAGAGGAUUUUGGAGUUCAUUCAUCGGAUUAUUAUUCAUUGAAUGUCACAGUUUUCAAAAGCAAGAUUGACAAUCAUUCAUUAGAUUUUGUGCUA